UUUUCACUUUUGCUUCAUUUCACUUUUCGCACAUACACAAAGGACACAAUCAAAAUGGCGACGUUCCGUUAUCCGCGGGUGUUGAAUGAGCUGGUGCGCGCUGAGAAGGACGCGCUGGUCAAGGCGACGAAGCCCAAGAACGGGGUGGGCGCGUUCGUGUUCCCGUGCCGCAAGAUGGUGUUCAACUACUGCGAGCGCAGCGGCAGCAGCAACCCCGUCAAGGACUACCUGCAGGGUGAAGCAGUCAAGUUCGCCAAGGAGAACCCACAGAUCGAGGUCGUGGUGCAGCCGCGGCCAUCGCGCCAUCCGAUCAUCCGCGCCUUCUACACGAACGGUGCACAAAAGGCAAAGUGCCUGCGGAAGGUGACGAAGGACGACAUCCCCGAGGUCGUCAAGUCGCUGCGAGACCAUGCCGGAUACAAGCAGCGUCGCUGGAACAAGUAUGUUAUUUCGGACACGCCCAGCGUCAGGGGCAUUUUCUCGCCGUUCCACGUCAAGGAGGUGCACCAGAUCAGCGAUAUGAAGUCGAAGCACUAGAUGGCAAU